AUGACGAACGAAUUUGACCAGCUUCUUGCCGAGUGCACAAAGAAGGGGUCGGCUACUGUGCACGGCGCGCUCAUGAAAUGUGUCGACAAAAAUGGAAAGGUAUUGUACCAAAAGACGGUGGGCUACAACUCCCUCUCUGAGGAUGCCGCCCCCCUGCGCGAAGACGCGACUCUGAGGGUGGCGAGCGCCACCAAGUUCAUAACCAGCGUCGCGCUGCUCCAGUGCGUGGAGAGGGGUCAGAUCGGCCUGGAUGAGCCCAUGACCAGCAUCCUCCCGGAGCUGCAGGGCAAGGAAAUCCUUGAGCGCGCCAUCGAGGGCAGCGCCGAGGCCCUGACUACACGCCCCAGCCAGACGGCCAUCACCGCCCGCCACCUGCUCACGCACAUGUCUGGGCUGGGCUACGCAUUCAUGCAUCCCCUUCUCACGCAAUGGAUGGAGACCGGGGCCGCAAGCCGAUCUGACCGGCUCACAGAGAGGUACAACCAGCCUCUCGCCUUCGAGCCGGGCCAGGGGUGGCUGUACGGCACCAGCCUGGACUGGGCCGGCGUCGCCGUGAGCCGGAUGAACGGCGGCGUCACGCUCGAGGAGUACAUGGUCGAGAACAUCUGGAAGGCGGUGGGCCGCCCGGCGCCCUAUCCGGUGUUUCACGUCUCCCAGCACCCCGAGUACGAGGCGCGGCUCAUGCGGGCUGCCGAGCGGACAGAGGACGGCGGCCUGAAGCCCUCGCCCGGCACGGCUUUCCUCGCCGGUCUGGUCGACGAUGAGGGCGGUGCCGGGCUGACUCUGACGGCGGACGACUACGUGGCGGUCCUGCAGGACCUGGUCUCGGACGCGCCGAGGCUGUUGAGGCCCGAGACCAUCGCGAGGAUGCUGGAGCCGCAGAUCCCAGACGGCUCGCCUGCGCACCCGAUGCUGAUCGAGUUGAAGCCGGCCUGGGAGAUGGUCGCGGGCCCCGCGAGGGAUGAGCACGUCAAUCAUGGCCUGGGGGGUCUGCUGGUCUUGGAAGAGGUGCCGGAGAUUGCGCAGCCGAAGAACAUACUCUGCUGGGGAGGGGCCUCGAACAUCUCGUGGUUUAUCUGCAAGGAGCGUGGGGUUGCGGGGUUCUUUGCGACGCAGAUGUCGCCUUUUGGGGAUCCAGUGGUGAGGGAGCUCGUCAAUGGGUGGAAGAAGGAUUUCUGGACCAGUCUGGGGAAACUGUAGGGGAUCUGUGUUAUUGUUUCGCCUCUCUCGGAUGAGAAUUGAAGUGUCUCAGUUGUGACUGAUACUUGGGACGGCAACUGACUUUGUACUGGAAAUCACGAGUUACUUUUGUCUGUCUAUAACAUUACGGAUGGCCUGAAGUCUGUCGAAUGACUCGGCUUGGGACAAC